AUGCCAGGCCCGGGGAGCCCCAGGUCACGGACAAAAACAGAGCCCAGGGGACCACCAGAGAACAGGAUCAACAAUCCAUCCAUCCCAGAGCCAUCAAGACCCCCAAGACCGGACCCCCAGUCCCACAGCCAGCCUGCAACCAAAAGAGGCCACCGAACCCCAACAAGGAAGGUUCGGCCAAGACAGCGCAAGGAAGGACCAAGAGUGAGCCCCGCCAAAACAAAAGGACCAACUACCUGCCCCAGCACAGCCCCUGGCCACCACCAAAGGCCAUCCACCCAUCCCCCUCCCCCGAAAAAAUACUACACUCACCCCAAGAUUAAGACAACUUUCAGAAGAUAUAGCAUACUAGACACCCAGGCUGGGUUGACCUACCCCCAAUUGGCCACCAGCCCUGUACCCAGUCACCACUACCCCCGGCCCACCAGCGCACCGAGGGCUCCCAGCCCAGGGCCGGGCACCAGGGCAAAAAGCGGCCCAGAGCCCGGCAACUGCACGCCAGGGCCCAAGCCCCCAGGCCCUCCAGGACCGCAGCUCAGGGGCGGCAUGAUCCCAGAACCCCAAGCCCCCCAUGCCCACCCCGAACCCACCCCAGCACAGCUAGACCACCGGAUCGGCAACCCAUGA